GGACAGCCGAGGUCCACACUGCGUUUGGAGAAGAUGUACAGGGGAAGGGUUUGCGGGGAGGUGAGGAGGCAAAUCAGGGCUGUUAAAAGUAGACGAGGAAAGGUGGCCUGUGACGAUCUAUACAGAGACAGCAAGUGCUGAAGGCCAGGGUGCAGCUUGCGGGUGGGCAGGAGGGAGCGUCGUGGGGGCUGUUGCCCGCUCCCAGUUCGGGAUUCCCGCCACAGCACCAGGUCCCGACCCGAGAGCCAUUGCCCUGCGCUCUGCCUGCCUGGGAUCGGACAGGGUUAAGGCCAUCACCUGCAGUCGAAGUGCGACCCAGAUGGGAAGUAGGAAGUGCGGCGCCGAGCUUCCUGUAUAAAUAAACGCUCUGGCUGCUGCGCCCCAAGCUGCUGGCUGGUUCUGCAAGGUUCCUGCCUGUCAAGACAAGGAGGCGGAGAGGGACUCCUCCUCUUCCCGAGCUGUAGGUCUGGGCGUGGAGUCCUGUGGCAAUCUUGCAAAAGUGUAAAGCUGUCAGCCAGGCGGAGCAUGCAGGGAGAGGGGAGAGAAUGAGAGAGCCCCUCCUUCCCGGUGUGCCAGCUGCCCCCGCUGGCCCAGGCUGGAUCUGCUAGAGAGAAUCCAGCAGCCCGAAGACCUCAGCCCCAGCCAGGGAUAGAGGAGACUGCAGACUGGCUCAUGGACUCCAUCGACAGCCUCCAGUGUCUAACCAUGACUGCUGAAAACCCUACUUCCGGAGACCUGACUCCUGUCCCCAUUGUCACCUGCAAGCUCUGCCUGUGCGAACAGCCUCUGGACAAGGUGACCACGCUCCAGGAAUGCCAGUGCAUCUUCUGUACAUCGUGCCUGAAACAGUAUAUGUUGCUGUCAAUCCGAGAAGGAUGUGGGUCUCCCAUCACUUGUCCUGACAUGGUGUGCCUAAACCACGGGACCUUGCAGGAAACUGAGAUUGCCUGUUUGGUGCCCGUGGCCGAGUAUCAACUUUACCAGAGGUUAAAGUUUGAACGAGAGGUUCACAUGGACCCCCUCCGAACAUGGUGUCCUGUUGCAGACUGCCAGACAGUGUGCCACAUUGCAGCAGGAGACCCAGGGAAGCCUGUGAUGGUGGAGUGCCCUUCUUGCCACCUGAAAUUCUGCUCAUGUUGCAAGGAUGCUUGGCACGGGGAGUCCUCCUGUAGAGAUCAGCCUAUUGUGCCGGAGCAUGGGGCACUCUUUGGGACGGAGGCAGAUGCCCCUAUUAAGCAAUGCCCAGUUUGCCGCAUUUACAUUGAACGCAAUGAAGGCUGCGCUCAGAUGAUGUGCAAGAACUGCAAACACACAUUUUGCUGGUACUGUCUGCAGAACCUGGAUAAUGACAUAUUCCUUAGGCAUUAUGACAAAGGACCAUGCAGGAAUAAGCUCGGCCACUCGAGAGCAUCGGUAAUGUGGAACCGAACACAGGUAGUGGGCAUCCUUGUGGGCUUAGGCAUCAUUGCUUUGGUGACCUCACCCCUGCUACUCCUGGCCUCUCCGUGCAUUAUCUGCUGUGUCUGCAAGUCCUGUCGAGGCAAGAAGAAAAAGCACGAUCCAUCCACAACCUAAAGCUACCUGCACAGACAUCCGGGUUAUGUGAGACAGCGCAGCGAUAAAGCCCACUUAGCGACCUUGCCUCCUUCUCCUUGCCAAACUUUGGAAGUGCCUCUGUGUCCAGACUCUGAACUUGCCUGCUAGCAUUUGGUGUUGGAAAAGGCCAAGUCCUGGGUGCGAGUGUUCCUGUGUAGUGAGAAGCAGCCCCGCAGUUUAGACUGUGUCUGUGGAGUAGGCUGGGAGCUUUGCUGUUGCCUGGGAGACUGGAACACAUCACCAUCUUGCCAUCUAAAGGAUCCCACCAGGCUGCCCAUCCUCUAUCCAUACCUAAGGAGCCCGGGUGACUAUCCAGUGUAGUAAUGGCAUUGCCGUGUUUGGCAGCAUUGCAAGCUGAGCAAAAGUCUGUGUUGAUUCCACUGCCGUGAGACACAUGGCAGACGCCCAGAGUCAGAGGGGAAGGUUAAGACUGCACGGUGAAGAAGUUCUAUGAGCAGUAGGGCCGGCCGCUUAUCUCAGGAGUCGACGCACUGGCUGGCAUGCCUGUGCCGGCUACUGCGAGCCCUUCUCCAGUGUUCCCACAGUGACUUGGCAGAAACAUAAUAGCUCUCUCUGUGUGUAAUCUCAUCUUCAGGCAGGAGAAACUGCUGUUCAGAGGGAGUUGUCCCUUCCCAGGAAAAGGCUGUAACCUGUAAAACAACAUGGCCUAAUUCAGUGUCUGUGAUUCAGAUAUUUUUCUAAAGUAACCAGUUCACUGCUCACAGGCUGCAGCUGUGGUCUAUAAAAGCAUUUUAUAUGGGAUGUGGGUAGGAAAGUUUCAAAGCCUUUGUCGUAGACAGCAGGGUCCUUUCUUGGGCUCUGUGGUCAUAUUCCCAACAGAUUAGGAGUUGGACCAGAAAGUGCCCAUCAGCAGUACACUUUACACCCCAUCCAUUCACCCACAUAGAAUCCAUGUGACUCCCUCUAGGCAUGCAUGGGGGUACCCAACAGAUGACUCGAAGCAAGAUUAGUUCAAAGACCUUGUUCCUUUCUAUGACUAAUUGAUUUAGCUGUCAGAAUAAAGGUAAUAUUUCUUUUGCUUAGUAUACAUGUGAAUUUUUGUUGUUAAGUUCAUCACUUACCCGGGAGGGUAGACUCAGAAACAAAUCUUUGAAAACAACACCUCGUGCGGUCCUUAUGCUGUCUGUAAAGUCAUGAUCAGGUCAUUUCCAUACUCUCAGACCCAGUGAGAGCAGCUCUUUGCCAGUCCUAAUUUAGUAUCGUUCUCCUGGGAGCUGUUCAGACAAUCUGAGUACUUUCUGUGUCCUCAAGAAACUGAUAAAAAUGACCACACGAAACCAAAUGGAAGUAUUUCACGCGUCUUCAGUCAUUUGGAUUUUGUGUCACCUCACAGUGACUCAUCCUGCCUAUUAUACCAUUCUUCAGCAAAUAGGUUUUUAAAAGACAAACAUAUACUCUCCAGUGACAGGAUUUUACAGCUGCCCUGAGCAAUGCAGCCCGGUGCUUCCUAAGAACAGUUGUGUGUUCCGUGUUGACAGAGACUUCCGAGGGCAGGGAGACUAGUCAGGGCCUAGUCUGUUUUCCACGCUAACUUGGUGACUAGAUUGUUAAAUUGCUGCUAUCCUGGAUCUGUUAUCAAAGACUGAUGCCUUGCCUCUGCUGUGGAAUGUAUCCUAAGGGGGAUGUGUAUGUUCAGGGAUCUUUAGUUCAUGCACAUAUAUUAAUAUCUAAUGUAUGUACAGUAUGUUCAUUGGCUGUGUACUUUUUUAUUCUCCAGUUUGUAUAAAACAUAGAUCUCUGGAAAACUUAGGAGUGGCAAACAAGCCAAAUCAUUUGGAUCAUUUAUUAGAAAUUUCUCUGUAUAAACUGGUUUGGUUCUCCAUUGAAUGUCUAAGCACUUCAGAAAGCAAAACAAAAAAACCUCUCUUCUGAAAGAGUAUUUCCUAUUAGUGCAAAUAUAAAUGCACAUCUAUCUGAGUGGUUAGCUUGCACAGACAUAGACAGCUGCCUCCCUUGAGGUGAGGGGCUUUUGUUGCAGCUCAGGGGAUUACAGGAACUCAGCUGAAAUUGGAUUUUUGUAGCAAGAAUGUCAGCAGCAACAACACUAGCCAUCAUUAGCUAAUUCUCUGAGCUCGCUUGGUUCUAACUGGGGCAGAUUUCACGUAACCUGAAAUGCUGCUAUCUCAGAAAUAAGAGCUGGCGGAUUUGGAGUAAUGGUGGAAAAGAAUGUCUGUGCUGGUUCCCUGGCAAAAUUGAGGGAAAUUGCCUUCCAGAAUGUUUAUGAAAGCCUUAGUUUUGACUUUAUUUUGGUUUCAUUUUUUCAGCUGAGAGGGGGAUGUUUGUCAAACUGAUUUUACCUAACUGGAUUUUUUUUUUUUCUUUCGUUUGUGAAGUGCCUGAAUAAUGGUGUCUCCUUCCUUAUGGGGCGAGAUGGAGUGUGUCCAAAUCCCCUGAGAAUUUGGUAACUAGAACCCCGGGAGUAUAUAUCUCUGGCACAUCCCAGGGCACAAUGCCAGCCUAACUCAACUUUGUUUACAGAGACCCGAGGUGGCAACUGUCAUGGGGACGGCUGGUGUUUUCACUUUGAGUUGUUGGCCUCUGGGGAGUUUACUUCCUCUGCCCCUCAGCUUCCUCCUUCUGAUUUAGAAGAUUCUUAUAAGAAGCGUUUGGCUGUCCAAACAUUGUCUAGCUCAUUUGAAACAGAUUGAGAAGCCCACCAGGUCUGCACCUUCCAGAAAUCUCACUGAAAACAACGGUCCGUGAUCCAGACCUUGCCACUUCUGGGUUUCCCCCGUUAGAAUCUGUUAGAGGAGACAGGAGCCCAGGAGCAAGUGUUAGACUCUUAGCCAUGCUAUUUGUUCGUGCCAUGGGUAUUUGCUCUGGAUUUGAAAUCUGUACUUUGAAAAUGGCCUUUGGAAAGCAAAUAAUUCCGUGUGAGUUUUCUCGUAGUCAGCAUCACAAAACAAUUCUCUUCAUUCAAGUGGAAAAUCCUCAUUGAUUUGUGGAUGUACAAAACUCUUUCUCGGAAGCCAAGUAUCCUCUUCAAAAUUACUCAAUAACUAAGUAUGUGCUGCUUUCUCCUUCUGUGCCCCGCGCUCCUGAAGAACAUGUCUCCCUGUCCAUGGAUAGAUGUCCUUUAUGUAUGUGAACUGUACACACGUGCAUCUGUGAGAUGUAGUUCGGAAAUGCCUUAGAAGAAUGACGUUGUGUAAAGCUGUCUCAAUGAUAUUCUACAGGCUAUCACAAUCUCAUGUUGGUUCAUGCUCCAGAAGUUUCGUCAUGUGCUUACUCAAAUUGCUGUUGUAUUGUAUAUAUUUUUUUCAAUUCUUUGGGAAGAAAAUGAACUGUUUUAGUCUCUUUAGCCCCAAUAAAUGUGAGUGGGAAACCAAA